AUGUCAUUGCAAAAACUUACUGCUGAGAUAUACUUUCUGUUUGAAAAAGAGGAUUAUCAUAAAUGCCAGCAACUAUUAACUCCUAUUAAAAUUGAGUUGAUCAAACACAAUUUGCUUGUACCAGUAGACUCCAACACUCAAACUAAGGAUCAACUUAAUGACAUAAGAAUUGCACAAAGGAUUUUGGAAAUUGGUGCAUUCUCAUCCUUGUUCACUAAUGACUAUACGGGCUUUGAAAACUAUUUUGCCCAGUUGAAACCAUUUUACACAAAUGAGAAAUUACAGAAUUUGAAAAAAGCUCAUGUUAAUACUGAUACCACCAAGAUAAUAUCUUUGUACUUGUUAUACCUUUUGAGCCAAGGCUUGAUUUCGAAAUUCCAUGUGGAACUAGAGUCGAUAUAUAAUUUUGAGCAGUUUGACGCUGAAAACGACAAAUUCUUGCGCUUUCCUAUUGAUCUUGAAAGUAACUUGAUGGAGGGUAAUUGCAUCAAGAUUUGGAAGCUAUUAAAUGAAGAGCAAAGUCUUCCAUGUAAAGAGUUUUCACACUUUGGCGCAACUUUAAUAAAUGCCUUGAGAUUCGAAAUAGCCAGAAGUUUGGAAAAAACAUACACCUCAAUUCCAGUUUCAAACUGUAAAAAUCUUUUAUACUUGUCACAGGAAAUAAGUGACGCUGCAUUUGAACAUACUUUGAGGGAUUCGUUAAACUUGACAAAUUGGGAACUUAAAAAUGGAGUUCUUUAUUUCACUCAAACAGAAAGUGAGGCAAACAUAGACAAUGGAUCAAUUAUAAAGAAUGUGUUGGGGUAUGCAGAGCAAAUGGAAUCUAUUGUAUAG